UAGUGGCAAAUUCCCCUUCGUUCGGAGACAGUUUUGUCAACAGUCGGGUCCUCUCCUCCUACAUCGCGCCACCAAGUGGUCGGCCAUGCUGCGGUACCUCGUACCGCUGCUCCUCGCGGCGGCCGCUGCCACCACCGCGCCCGCCACUUUCGUGCUCGAGGAGGCCACCAUCGAGUCCAUCCACCGCGCCUUCGCCGGCGGCGCGCUCACCUCGCGCGGCCUCGUCGAGCUCUACCUUCGCCGCAUCGCGUCGCUCGACCCGGCCCUCCACGCCGUCGUAGAGCUCGACGCCGACGGCGCGCUCGCCGCCGCCGAACGCGCCGACGCCGCCCGCCUCCUCGGAGGCGCCGCGCUCCCGCCGCUCCACGGCAUCCCCGUGCUGAUCAAGGACAACAUCGCCGCGGCCGGCGCCUUAAACGCGACGGCCGGGUCGCUCGCGCUGGUCGGGUCCCGCCCCGCGCGCGACGCCUGCGUGGUCGAGCGGCUCCGGAGCGCCGGCGCGGUGGUCCUCGGCACCGCCAGCCUCAGCGAGUGGUGUAACUUCCGCGCCCCCGGCGUCCCCGCCGGCUGGAGCCCCCGCGGCGGCCAGGGCCUGAACCCAUACGUGCCGUCAGCGACGACGUGCUCCUCCAGCAGCGGCUCUGCCAUUGCGGCGGCGGCAAACAUGGUGUCCGUGACGAUUGGCACCGAGACAGACGGGUCCAUCAUGUGCCCGUCCAGCUUCAACUCCGUUGUCGGGAUCAAGCCGACGGUCGGCCUCACGAGCCGUGCCGGUGUCAUCAUCAUUUCUCCAAGGAUGGACACAGUGGGCCCAAUCUGUAGGACUGUUUCAGAUGCAGUAAAUGUGUUGGAAGCAAUCGUUGGUUACGAUCCACGGGAUGCAGAGGCAACUCACAUGGCAUCUCAGUAUAUCCCGGAAGGCGGUUACAGGCAAUUCUUGAACAUAAAUGGUCUAAGAGGCAAGAGGAUUGGGGUUAUCAGGAAGGAUUUCUUCCUGUUUCCUCCAGGAUCCAUCAAAGAGAAGGUGUUUGGGGAGCACUUCGACACUAUGAGGCAAUUGGGUGCCAUAUUGGUGGACAAUCUUGAGAUACCAAGCAUGAAUGUCAUCAACGAUGCAGUACAAAGCGGCGAACGUGCUCUAAUGCUCGCCGAGUUCAAGCUGUCCCUCAACUCUUACCUGUCUGAGCUGGCCACCACACCUGUUAAAUCAUUAUCAGACAUAAUUGAAUUCAACGACAAGCAUCCUGUCGCGGAAAGGAUGGCUGAAUUUGGCCAGAGUUACCUUGUGCAAUCUGAAGCAACAAACGGCAUUGGUCCGACUGAGGAGCGUGCCAUUGCCAAACUGAACAAACUGUGCGAGGAGGGCCUUGAGAAGAUUAUGCUAGUCAAUCAACUGGACGCAAUCGUCGCUCCUGGCGCAUCUGCUCAUAGCCUGCUUGCCAUCGGUGGCUACCCAGCGAUCACCAUCCCGGCCGGAUACGCGUCGGAUGGCGUUCCUUUUGCAAUCUGCUUUGGAGGGUUGAAAGGAUCAGAGCCGAAGCUUAUUGAGAUUUCUUAUUCCUUUGAGCAGGCAACGAAAGUCAGGAGGCCCCCACCAGUAUUGCAGCAUUCUUCCGUUUGAUUGUAGUGCUGUUUUUACCAGUUUGUCCAUGCAUUCACUGAAUUUCCUAGUAUUUUGGCAGUGAAAGUCCUAAAUGUGUUUGCCUCAUUAUGGGGAUAUAAUGACCUGGUAAUCUGGCAAUUUAUCUUAUGAUUGGUGUGCUUACCAUGUAGUAGUUCUUCAAACUAGGCCUUACUACUAUAGUGCUAUCUUGACUGGCUUGCUCAUGUUUCAGUUGCAUACGCUGACAACAAGACCACAGGGCAUGUUUAUGCAUUUGAAGCAUCUAACUUGUACAAUAUUUAUCUUCUAUGAUGAUUCGAAUUCCCAUAAUGGACUUGUUCAGUUGGCCCACUGUUUAGAUUUUACACCCCAACUAGAGACGGUGCAUCUUGAUAUGGACUACAUGAGGCUUGUUGACCACUGUUGGAAUGGUGAGCUGACAGGGGAUGGCUGUCAUAUGCACCGCCAUGAUCACCUCAAGACAGUGUACAUGAGUGGGUUCAGGUGCUUCCGGACUCAAGUUGCCUUGGCAUGCUGCAUUCUGGAAAACUCUGUUGUACUUAAGCAAAUGACUAUAGAACCCAAGUUCAAAAGCUACUCUUCUCAUCGAAACUCCAACAUACCUGUUUACAGGAUUCAUGAACUUAAAUUUAUGUCAGAACGCUUUGGUAAAGGGAUCACUGUGUUAGUAGAAGCUCCUUUACAAUUGUGAGCUUAAAUUUAUAUGUUGUCCAUCUAUGUAAUACUAACUCUGUUUCA